AUGAGUACUCCAUUUGGUCUAGAUUUCGGUAACGACAACUCUGUUCUAGCUGUUGCAAGAAACAGAGGUAUUGAUAUUGUUGUCAAUGAAGUUUCCAACCGUUCCACUCCAUCCGUUGUUGGUUUCGGUCCAAAGAACAGAUACCUAGGUGAAACAGGUAAGACUAAGCAAACUUCAAACGUUAAGAACACUGUUACUGGUCUAAAGAGAAUUAUCAGUUUGAAAUACGAUGACAAGGACUUUGACCAAGAAUCUAAGUACAUUACUUCCAAGCUUGUUAAGAUGGACGAUGGUAACGUCGGUGCCCAAGUCAGAUUUGCUGGUGAACAACAAACUUACUCUGGUACUCAAUUGGCUGCCAUGUACAUGGACAAGGUUAAGAAUACUGUCAUCGAUGAAACCAAAGCUAACAUCUCUGAUGUUUGCAUUGCCGUCCCAGCUUGGUACACCGAAGAACAACGUUACACUAUGAGUGACGCUGCUAGAAUCGCUGGUCUAAACCCAGUUAGAAUCGUUAACGAUGUUACUGCUGCCGCUGUUUCUUACGGUGUCUUCAAGACUGAUUUACCAGAAGGUGAAGAAAAGCCAAGAAUUGUUGCCUUUGUUGACAUUGGUCACUCUUCUUACACUUGUUCCAUUAUGGCUUUCAAGAAGGGUGAAUUAAAGGUUCUAGGUACUGCUUACGACAAACACUUUGGUGGUAGAGACUUUGACCGUGCCAUUACUGAACACUUCGCCGAUGAAUUCAAGGCUAAGUACAAGAUUGACAUCAGAGAAAACGCCAAGGCUUACAACAGAAUUAUUACUGCCGCUGAAAAGUUAAAGAAGGUUCUAUCUGCUAACACUGCUGCUCCAUUCUCUGUCGAAUCCGUCAUGAAUGAUGUCGAUGUCUCUUCCCAAAUGACCCGUGAAGAACUAGAAGAAUUAGUCAAGCCUCUACUAACACGUGUCACCGAACCAGUUACCAAGGCUCUAGCUAUGGCUGGCUUAACUGCCGAUGAAGUUGAUUUCGUUGAAGUCAUUGGUGGUACUACUCGUAUCCCAACUUUGAAGGACUCUAUUUCUAAUGCCUUCGGUAAGCCAUUAUCUACUACUUUGAACCAAGAUGAAGCCAUCGCUAAGGGUGCUGCUUUCAUCUGUGCUAUCCAUUCCCCAACUCUAAGAGUUAGACCAUUCAAAUUUGAAGAUAUCCAUCCAUACUCUGUUUCCUACUCUUGGGACAAACAAGCUGAAGAUGAAGAUACCCUAGAAGUUUUCCCAAAGAACUCCACUUACCCAUCUACUAAGAUGAUUACUCUACACCGUACUGGUGACUUCAACAUGGAAGCUUUCUACACCAACAAGGAAGAAUUACCAGAAAAUGUCACUGAAAAAAUUGCUAAGUGGGAAAUCACUGGUGUUGAACUAGGUGAAGGUGAACAAUCUGUCCCAGUUAAAUUAAAGCUAAGAUGUGACCCAUCUGGUCUACACACCAUUGAAGAAGCUUACACUUUAGAAGAUAUCAUCGUUAAGGAAGAAAUCCCACUUCCAGAAGAUGCUGCUGAAGAUGCUGAACCUGAAUACAAGGAAGUCACUAAGACUGUCAAGAAGGCUGAUCUAACUAUUGUGGCUCACACUUUCGCUCUAGAUGCCAAGGCUUUGAACGAAUUGAUCGAAAAGGAAAACGAAUUGAAUGCUCAAGACAAACUUGUCUUCGAAACUGAAGACCGUAAGAAUACUCUAGAAGAAUACAUUUACACUCUACGUGGUAAGCUUGACGAAGAAUACUCUGACUUUGCCUCUGAUGAUGAAAAGACCAGAUUAAAGGAAAUGCUACAAAAGGCUGAAGACUGGUUGUACGACGACGGUUACGAUUCCAUCAAGGCUAAGUACAUUGCUAAGUACGAAGAAUUAGCUUCCCUAGGUAACCUAAUCAAGGGUAGAUACCAACAAAAGGAAGAAGAAAAGAGACAAGCCCUAAGAGCCAAGCAAGAAGCUUCUCAAAUGGCUGACUUGGCUGCUAAGUUGUCUGCUCAAAGAAAGGCUGAAGCUGAAGCUAAGGAUAGCAAGACUGAUGCCGAAGGUGAUGUUGAUUUAGAUUAG